AUGGGGGCCCAUAAGAAGACGCGCAAAUUCCAGGUCAAAAAAAUCAUUGGCCAGCGAGAUGCUCGUCUCAAGAAAAAUCAAGCGACUGGCAAAGUGGCAGACUCCAAGAAGAAAACAGACGACAACGUGAUCCGAGAAGCGCCGCAAGUGUCGUCUUCUCUGUUCUUCCAGUACAACACCGCCCUGGUCCCGCCUUACAAUGUCCUCGUCGAUACCAACUUCCUCUCCCAUACCGUGCAGAAGAAACUUGAACUGUUAUCGACAAUGAUGGAUUGCCUCUACGCAAAGUGCAUACCGGUCAUUACCGAUUGCGUAAUGGCCGAACUUGAAAAGCUUGGGCAGAAGUAUAGGAUUGCCCUGCGGAUAGCAAGAGACGAAAGAUGGGAGCGACUAAAAUGCGGCCACAAAGGCACCUACGCCGAUGACUGCAUCGUCGACAGAGUCAUGAGGCACAAGAUCUACAUAGUGGCUACCAAUGAUAGAGACCUGAAGAGGAGAAUUCGAAAGGUGCCUGGUGUACCUAUCAUGAGUGUGGCCCGUGGGAAAUAUGUCAUUGAGAGACUUCCUGAUGCUCCAGAGAAGUGA